AGGCCGCAACCCAAAAGCCCACUAUAAAAAAAUGUCCACCCAAUCACCACCCACCCACCCACCUCCCCCACCCCACCCACCGUCACACAAACACCACUAUUUUCCCAUUUACAAAUAUCAAAUGAUGACGAUGAUCGAAGAAUGGACAAGAUAAUGGGCAAAGUCAGACAGACAGGAGGUGGACCUGCCCCCACCUCCCCACCUCUCUCUCUAUUGGGUGGUGCGCGUAGGUUAACUUAACCCAACCCCCACCCUAGCCCCCCCCCGGCGCACGUUAGCCACCUCACCCCACACCUAAGCGGUGGCCUCAUCCACCGCUCAUCUCACACGCCCACCUUUAGAUCUCAAAAUCAGCCGCACACCCCUCCACCCACCCCCUACCCACCCUCUUUAACACCCUACCCACAACCACAAUCAUGCUAUCAUACACCACUUUCUCCUCCUCCUCCUCCCCAUUCCCUUUUCCUCCUUCCCCUCCUCCCUCCCUAGAAAACCCAUCCUCCUCCACCGCAUACCCUGCAACCCAACAUGGCUUCUCCACCGUCCUCCCCCCAAGACGACUCGAUCCUCCCUCUCCAAUCGGAACCACCGCAGGGCGUGCCUCUCGCUCUCCCGGCCCCACCGCUAUCCCAAUCUCAGCAAACCCAGCCGAACCCAACCCCGCCUUCCUCCCGCCGCCUCCCUCCUCCCUGCUGGUCCCACGAUGAGACCGUCGCCCUCAUCGACUCCUACCGCGAAAAGUGGUACUCCCUCCGCCGCGGAAACCUCAAGGCCACCCACUGGCAAGACGUGGCCGACGCCAUCGCUAGGAUAUGCCCGGCUGCUUCUCCGGCGAAGACCGCCGUUCAGUGCCGUCACAAGAUGGAGAAGCUCCGGAAGCGGUACCGGACUGAGAUCCAGCGAGCCAGGUCGAUGCCGUUGUCCAGAUUCACGUCGUCGUGGGUCCACUUCAAGCGGAUGGACGCCAUGGAGAAGGGGCCGGCAGCUGGGAAGAGGGAAAACUCGGAAAGUCUCGGCGAAGAGGAAGAUAACGAGGAGAACGAAGAGGAGGAGGAUCCGGAUCAGGAGCUCUAUGAGGAGCUGAGAUACGGGUCGAAUAUGAAGAGUAUGAGUAAGUUGUAUAGGAAUGGAGCUGGGGUUGGGGGUGGAAGUGGAGGAAGUGGUGGCGGUGGCGGUCCCGGAAGUGGGUUUAGGAUUAGGAUUCCAACUGGGGUUAGCAUAGCUCAGCCUGGGACCAAGGUUUAUCCAAAGAUGGAUCAGAAAUUCGGGAUGAAUUCGAAUCCUGGGUCGGGUUAUGGUAGCGCAAAGGUGAUGAGAGAGAGUGGGAAUUCGGGGAGGCCCGGAUUGGGGAAGAGAGAGAGAGAUGGGAGGGAGAGGGAGAGAGACCCCGUGGCGGAGAUGGUGUCGGCGAUUAAGCUUUUGGGAGAUGGGUUUGUGAGAAUGGAGCAGAUGAAGAUGGAGAUGGCGAGGGAGAUUGAGACGAUGCGGAUGGACAUGGAGGUGAAGCGGACGGAGAUGAUUUUGGAGUCCCAGCAAAGAAUUGUGGAGGCUUUUGCGAAGGCGGUUUCGGAGAAGAAGAAGAAGGCCAAGAGAAUGCCAUCCCCUGAGGCGUAGAUGGUGGGGUUGCAUUGGAUGAUAGCUGCCGGUGCUUUUGGAUCUUAGAGGCACUAAGUUAUGUGAGUUUAAUUGGUCGUAAGUUCGUGUUUAACUUUUCGAGCCACUUUUUACAAUUUCCUUUUGUUCUUAAAGUGUUGAGGGAAUGUGGAACUUGAUCACGUUAGCUUGGUUCGAGUCCUUUGAGACGAUUGUAGCUUAAUCUUUGUAGCUUGUAAUGUCGUGUAGUGGAAACUAUGUAGAUUGAUUGUUCUCA